CGCCAAAUGCGGAGAGCAUCUAGGUAACGACUCAGUGGCAUAGCAGCAGCGAUAGCAAAACAACUAUUUGAGACACUCUAAGCGCUCGUGGCACUUUCCUUCAUAUUAUACUCAACAGCUACUGCAACCAAGCCUGCAUAUUCUUCUGCACGCCACCUCUACCAUCACAUCAGCAACAAGGCUUCCUUAACACACACUACUAGCCGACUUCCAACCAAUCAACUGAAUCAUGCCACAGCCUCACCAGCGCAUCCUGGAUUCGCACAUCCAUCUCUGGCCCUCAACAGCAACGUCAUCUUCUGAGCAUGGCUGGAUGACACCCAACCACCUUCUCGCCAAGCGCCACGGAAUUUCAGACUACCUAUCCAUUGCCUCAUCACCACCCCCAACUGGUUUCAUAUAUGUAGAAACAGACCGAUACCUACCAUUGCCUUUUCCCAGCGACAUUUCCUCUUCUCCGUCCAACGAAAAAGAAGUGGAAGAAGCGAAGCAGAAACUCUCGCAAUGGGCCGCACAACCACUGGAAGAAAUAAAAUUUCUCCGACGAAUUGCAGAAGCGAAACCAGAAGAUGGCGAUGGAUUUACCCCGCAAGAAGCAGAUAAAAUGCUCGGGUGCGUGGUAUAUGGUCCUCUGCACUUGUCGCCUGCUUUAUUUCGCAUCUAUAUUGAGCUAGCGGAACAAACCGCGGGACCCAAGUUGUGGAGCAAAGUCGUGGGAUUUAGGUAUUUGCUCCAGGGAAAGGGUGACGGGGUUGUGCAACGCAUGUUUAAAGAGAACGAAGAGUCAUGGGUUAAUAACCUGAGUGUUUUGAGACGCGGAAACGGUGGUAAGGGGUGGGCCUUCGAUGUCGGAGUUGAUAUCAAUCGAGAUGGGACUGGACCAAUGGAAGCAGUUGGCAAGUUGAUCACGAAAGUGAGACAGGAAGAAAAGAAAGAAGGUAUUGAAGAUGGAAAAGGGGUGAGAUUCGUGUUGAACCACCUCGCAAAACACCCCCUCUCCCCUACUGCCCCAAUCCCAUCACCCAUCUGGAUCUCCUCAAUCUCCUCCCUUUCCUCUGACCCCUGCGUCUCCAUGAAAUUCUCCGGCGCCCUUAACGAAUUCAUAGACACCCCCGGCACCCCCUCCGACAUCCCCACUCUCGUUAAAACCCUCUCCCCCUUUUUCAACCACGUUUUCCAGUCUUUUGGUGCCCGCAGGAUUCUGUUUGGCAGCGAUUGGCCCGUGUGCAACGUCGGUGGGCCAAAUGGCGAAGCAGGAAAUUGGUCAUUAUGGAGGGAAGUAGUGCAGGGGUGUUUGGAGGUUAGGGGUUUGAGCGAGGAGGAGAAGGAGAGUGUGUGGUGGGGAGCCGGGUGUACUGCGUAUGCUUUGAAUGUGUGAUUUGGAUUCAACUGAAUUGGGUCCGGAGGUGGAUGCAAGGAGAAGGAAGCGGGGAAGAGGGAGGGGGUAAAAGCAUGUUGAGGCUUGGUAGUUGGAAAGUGACGUGAUAUGACCUGAUUCCUACUGUUUCUUUAUCACCAAAUGAAUUUAUAUUGCACACGCACCCUCUUCUCGUAGCUUAAAAGAUUUGAUGUCUAACCAUCGUUGUCUGCCUCACAAAGUUCUGUCACAUAAUCUGGAAACAAAUCAGCCGGAGCACUAAUAAACGCAUCUUUCUUCUUCUUCUUCUUCUUCUUCUUCUUCACGAACUAGCUUCCACGUAUCGAUAGCCCAUCAUCCACCAAGGAAUAAGACCAAGAAAGACCUAGACAGAGUUCAUACCAUCGGCCUACUACACAUCGACGACGUAAUCUACCCUUUCAUUCCACAUUCAAGCU